AUGAAGUAUGCCACCGAGCUAGACUUGCUGGGCGCACUGUCGCUGCACAACACGUCGCGCGCCGGAGUCACUACCGCGCCGGGCAUGCAACCGCAGCGCACUGCAUACACUUUACAAGGAGAAUCUCGUUCGCUGCAAGUAGAAGGUGUAGCUUUCGAACGCGCCGCUGAGCUCUUGCGACGCUCCCCAGAAUUUACAGUGCUUGCUACGCUCAGGCAGGAGCCCGCCAAUUCGGGCUCUAUACUGUCAUUUUCACAUGGAUAUAAUAGGUACUUGGAGGUCCAGUCGAGCGGUCGCCGGGAUGAGGUGCGAUUACACUACGUGGCAGCCGGCGCAAGUGCGCCGCGCAUUGAGACCUUCCCAUUUCGCCUGGCUGAUGGUGCCUGGCAUCGUCUGGCACUCUCAGUAUCUGGGGCGCAAGCCACGCUCCUCGUCGACUGCCAUCCGCUCUACAGGCGACUUAUCCCGCCACCUGAUCGCAAUUUUACACAACCGCAGCUUGCUCUAUGGGUUGGACAAAGGAAUAGCAAGCAUUCUUUAUUUAAGGGUUCUCUUCAAGACAUAAGGCUCGUAAGUGGGCCUCACGGCUACUUGGCUCAAUGCCCGGGUCUCGACUCGGAAUGUCCCACGUGCGGGCAAUUUGCCCUGUUACAGGCUACUGUGCAGGAGCUCACUACACAUAUCCAUGAUCUUUCACUCAAGUUGGUUGGUACAGAGGCGAGAUUAGCACGACUCGAACAGUGUGACUGCCAGAAGUCGUGCUACUCCAACAGCACAGUCCACGCUGACGGUGCCACCUGGCAAAAAGAUUGUAAUCGCUGCUCCUGUGUGCACGGCGAGAUAACGUGCAGGCCAGUCGAGUGCGACAGAACAGAGUGUAAAAAUCCGGUAUUACAUCCAGGCGAAUGUUGUCCGACAUGUCUAAGACAAUGUUUAUUGAAGGGGAAUUUGUACGAACAUGGAGAUCGUUUUGCGCCAAAGGAGUGUGCAGAAUGCGUUUGCCAUGAUGGCAACAUGCAAUGCACGCGCGUUGAUCCUGAGAUUGCCUGUCCGCCACUGCCUUGCGACGUCGCCUACCAGUUCACAGUGCCUGGCGAAUGCUGCAAGUUCUGUCCAGGCGUAGACUACUGCAGUAUGGGGCACUCGUGCGAUGAGAAUGCGACGUGCAUGAAUCUCAAUACGAAAUACACUUGCAAAUGCAACCAGGGCUUCCAGGGUGAUGGCCUCUCUUGUCAAGAUGUGGAUGAAUGUCAAAGAGCUGGUGGACUUGACGGGCAUCAUUGUCAUUCUAACACGCAGUGUGUCAACGUGGUGGGGGGCUAUGUUUGUCAAUGCCUCCCUGGGUAUACGCGCAAAGACAAAUUUAAUUGUGUAGAAGUGGACGAAUGUGUCGGGGACACUCAUGGGUGUCAUGCAUACGCCGUGUGCACCAACACACCCGGGUCUUACACGUGCCGAUGUCGAGACGGAUAUGCGGGAGAUGGUUAUGAAUGCAGUCCGAUCUGCACAGGAGGGUGCCUGAACGGAGGUGAGUGCGUGGCCCCCGAGCAAUGCGCCUGCGCCGACGGGUUCGGAGGUGCGCGCUGCGAGCGCGAUGUAGACGAGUGUCGAGGCGCGCGGCCCGCCUGCCCGGCGCGCGCACUCUGCGUCAACACGCCCGGCUCCUACUACUGCGUGUGCGCGGCCGGCUACCGGAGAGAUGCCUUGCUUGACGGAUGCCAAGAUGUGAACGAGUGCGUGGAGGGGUUUCACACGUGUCACCCGAGUGCACGGUGCGUCAACAUUGAAGGCAGUUUCACGUGCGAAUGUGACUCGGACGAACAUUGUGAAUUAAGUUGUUCCUGGCAAGGUCGAAUACUGUCAGAUGGCGAGUCGUGGUCGGAAGCGGGCGGUUGCCGAACAUGCUCGUGCUCACGCGGGGUGGCUACGUGCGCGCGCGCCCCCUGCGCCUGUGACCUGCACGACAAUCAUACUGUAUCGUUGCAGAGUACGGCGGCAGGCACCGCGGCGCCGGUGGCGUGCUGCCCGCACUGCGAGGCGCGCUACCACUGCCGCCACCAGGAGAUGCACCACAUCACCUUCCGCAGCGGCGAGCGGUGGUUGUACCAGUGCCAGAUUUGCGAGUGCCUCUUGGGUGAGGUGGAUUGCUGGGAGCCCGAGUGCGGGCUGGACGGGGGCGCAGGGUGCUGUGCCGGAGCAGGCGGCGCGGGCGGUGAGGGCGGCGAGGGGGGAAGCGAGCUGGCGCCGCCGCACCGCCUCGAGCUCGCCGCCUGCGCACCGCCGCACUGCCUCUGCACGGGUGGGCAGUGUGCUACUUUGGUGAGCAAUCUCGCGUGUUGUGUGCAUCGGUAA